GUAGAGAAUACGAGCCGGAUAUAACUAGCGUUCACAAAGAGAAUGUGGUGCAAGUUGCCUUACCGGGGAUUAGUUUCCCACAACGUUUAAGACUGUUUUUAACCUAUUUACCAACGACGUCCACUGCUUUUAAGCCUGACCAUGACAGGGAUGCACGGGGGGCAAGAGUAUAUUGAAGGCAGGUCGUGCUGCCGUGCGCAGGUUGGUUGCUUGUGUGGGACCUCAUCAUGUCGCCUGUGCUGCCGUCUGUGUCCCACUGUCUUCGAGUCUACAUCAACAAGGAUUAUCUACAUUAUGUUUCUGAUGUUAAAUGUGGGCAUCAUGGCUCUCAUGAUGUCACAUCGUGUACAGAAAGCUAUUAUGGAGAUGUUUCCUGACCAUUCGACUGUGUGUGAAUGGAUACAUGCUGGUGAAAACUGUGAAGCAGCUUUGGGAUAUAUGGGCGUCUACAGACUUGGAGUUGGUAUCACUGCAUACCAUUUUCUACUUAUGCUGAUUACCUGUGGUGUCAAAAGCAGCCGAGAUUGCCGGGCUGGGUUCCAUAAUGGGAUGUGGUUUUACAAGUUCCUGCUGUUAUUGCUUUUCUGUUUUGGCUCCUUCUUCAUACCUGAUCCAAAGGACUUGUUCAUUAAUGUGUGGAUGUAUACAGCAAUGAGCGGGGCAUUUCUGUUCAUUGUGAUCCAGCUCCUGUUGUUGGUGUUUCUCUUCCACUCGUGGACUGAUAAGUUGGUUGCUCGUGUUAACAAUGGUGGCUCUCCUUCCCGCUGGUAUGGAGCAGUGGCCCUGUCAGCAGCAGUCUGUAUAUAUCUUGUAUUUGCCUGUUGUGUGUGUCUCCUGUAUUAUUUCUUUGCUGCCACUGAGGGCUGCAACCGUAACCGGUGGUUCAUACUCGUCAACACUGUUGCCUGUGGUUGUGUGUCCAUAGUGUCAGUGGUGAAGCAAGGGCCCAAAGAUGUCCGUCUACGACUCCUCCACUCUUCCCUUGUUUCACUCUAUGUCAUUUACCUUACUUGGAGUGCCAUUGCAAGUGCUCCUCGCAAAUACCAAAGGUAUGAAAGUGAAACGCAUCCUAUUUGGAUCGGUGUAGGGCAUGAUGUACGGGAUACUGUGCCAGAGCAGGAGUAUUAUUGUGGUCCAGAUGGGGAAGAAGAAUCCUGGGCAGAUGAAGUCCUUCCCUAUGUGAGUUUGGUAAUUACGUUUGUUUUGGUUAUGUAUUCUGCUGUUGGUACAGCAUCCCCUGAUAACUGUCAGGCCAUUGAAUUUCCAAGUUGUCCUUCACAUCAGAGUGUUCAACGCCAUGAUGUUGAGGACAUUGGAGGACAGAAAGUGAUUCGGAAUGAAAGUAAUGAAUUAGCCUACAGUUAUCCAUUAUUUCAUGUCAUGGUUGGUCUUGCUACUCUAUUCCUUAUGAUGAGCCUUACAGACUGGUAUACACCAUCCACUGCUAGACUAAUUACAUUUGGUCGGUCAGGGUCAGCUGUUUGGAUCAAAAUAUGUUCCAGUUGGGUAUGCCUCCUGAUCUAUCUCACAGUAACACUCUUUCCUUCAAUGCUUCCUAACAAAAAUGUCCGAAGUGGCUCAUUCCAUGGAACUAUUAGUAAUGGAUAUGCAGGUAGCUUUCGGGGCAGUUCCAAAAGUUUGGAUGACGAUGAUGAAGCAGCUGUCCCCCUCUCUCCAAGUAAGCCAUCUGCCACAGUCCACCAGGAGACAACUGUUUAAUUCUUUGACUGCAACAGUCGAUGAAUGUCUCCCAGAUUCAUAAAAAUGGCUUUCCUGUUCUGAUGCAUAGGGUUAUAUCCCUGAGAAUUGAAGCAUGAGUCGAGCAGAGUCCAGCCUGUGUACGAAUGGAAACUGGUGACAGCAACUACUGGUAUUGUAGUUAAAUAACCUGUUUAUUUAUAUUUUAGAUGCAGGUGAGCAGUACUUGAAUAAGUACUACAUAGUUCUUUAUGUAAUGAUUACAUAGUUCUGUAUGUAAUCAAUCUUCAGAACAAAGGGUCCAAAUCAAUUACAUGUAGUAGUCAUUUCCCUGUUUAUGAGAUGAACUCACAUGAUUCCUAACUAAUGAUAUUCAAACAUUUCUCAAUAUAGCUUCCUUUGGUUUUAAUAUUCAAAGUGCACUUCUCAAAAUGAUUCACACUUUAGACAUAAAACUAUGCAGCCAAAGGGUUAAGGUUUAAAAAAAUGUGGUGCUGUAUUCAUAGGUUAUGUUAUAAUUUAUUAGCAAAUAACCAAUUUGGUGCUAUAGCAAGAGAAUAUAUCUCAUUUAUUACACUUGGAAUUAUAUGAUGCUAUAAGUUUGGCAUCUCUUUAUUCAUAUUUGAUUUGGUAUAAUCAAGUGACAUUGUAAGUCAAUCACCAGAACAGAAACACAACUUUUGUUAAGUCAGGUCUCUGAAUUAAGGGGACUUGGUCACUCUAAUAGUUAUAAUCCAACUGGUCCAUGCCUGAUAUCAUUCACAUACUAAGUUCCAUGGACUUAUUAUCCAACCAUUACAAAAGACUUUAAAUGACCUCGUCAAAUAAUGUGGGCAGCGAGACAAUGUAAAGUCUAGCGCUACCAUCAGUUGGGCAACUUGCUAUACUGUAGUACAAGACAUGUCCCACAUAUUCAACACUUCCUUCAAGCAAUAAUUAGAAACCCAUGGAAUGCCAGUUAUCUCUAUAAACUACCACUACCAGAUCCAAACUUCCUUGACUGCCACCAGUUGACAACACCGGCUACCACAACAGUGUUGGAGAUUCUGGAAAGCUUCAGCUAGCACCUGAUCUACUCUUAUUCAACUAUUGUGGUUCAAUGCCUCCUUCUCAUUAGCUUUUUCAUUGUUCAACUUUGUUCCAAGCUACUUCCCUAGGCAUUGUAGCAUUUGCUACUGCAGCCAUUGAACCUCUCUCUGCUUCUUUGCAAUGCAGUGUCAGACACAUUUAUAGCACUUAAUCUGCAGAUGGGCUGUCCUUGAGCAUUUGCAGUGGUCUGGUUGAUCACUGUCAUUGCUCUUAUCCUCUCCAUUUUAUGUGCUUCACUCCAUGUUUUGACUAAAUUAUUUCCUUUUGUGCUCUUUUUGAUUUUAGAAGCUGGCUCUCAUAUUGGACAGCACCAUACCCUGCUUCAUUGCCCAGUGGUUCUUGUGUUGUGGGCAAGAAGCCUGACAGUUGAGUGGACAGCGCUUCGGAUUCAUAGUCCUGAGGUUCCGGGUUCGAUCCCCGGUGGAGGCGGAAACAAAUGGGCAGAGUUUCUUUCACCCUGAAGGCCCUGUUAACCUAGUAGUAAAUAGGUACCUGAGAGUUGGACAGCUGCUACGGGCUGCUUCCUGGGGGGGGGUGUAACAAAAAGGAGGCCUGGUCGAGGACCAUGCCGCAAGGACGCUAAGCCCCGAAACCAUCUCAAGAAGGGGGGAUUAGUUAGUGAGGCUUCAAAAGCCUCCAUUUUAGCCACAAGUGCAUGGCCAUCCUUUUGUUUUCGUGGCCUGUUUUGAUUCCCUAUGAUAGUUGUUAUUCUAAUUCUGCCUGGAUUGUACAUCUCUGUGUUGUUGUAUUUGAGUGUCCUGUUCUUGCCCAGAGGCUUUCUUACAUAUUCCUCGGAUGCUUUACUCCUAUUCCAAGGUUUGUUUUCCCAAUUGUUGUGUUACGUAGUUCAGUUGAUCAGCCCAUGGUUUUUCCUGAUGUUCAUGUUCUUUGCCAUUCUGACUGCACCCUUUUCAGCCAUGGCUAACAGUGCCAUUGUGGGUUCUUGAGAAUGCAUCUACAUCAUGGCUGCUGCACUUGUAAGUUCCUAAUUGUGACUGUGAGGAAGGGACCUUAGCUUGAAAAUGGAAUAUUGAAAGUAUAAAACUGAUACCAAGUCAGUACCUAAAUUUCUCUGACCCUCUCUUUUUGUCUCAGAUUCUGUGUACUCACCUAUUUGUGCUUGUGGGGGUUGAACUUUGACUCUUUGGUCCCCCCUCUCAACUGGCAAUCAACUGGUGUACAGAUUCCUGAGCCUACUGGGCUCUGUCAUAUCUACAUUUGAAACUGUGUAUGGAGUCAGCCUCCACCACAUCACUGCUUAAUGCAUUCCAUCUGUUGUCACACAAUAGGUGUGUGUGUGUUUGGGGUGAUCAUUGCAUUAAAUGGGAUUUAUCAGCUCCGUAUGUGUUGUGGUAAUCGGUUUUACUAUCUGGUGCUUUUUGGUUUAAUUUGUUUUUAGUUUCCAAUUAUUGCUUGAAGAGUAUGUUGAUUGUGUGAGAUAUAUCUUUUAAUAAUAAUCUGCUCUACUGUAUGAGUUGGUUAACUGAUGGUGGAUUGAAAUACUCAGUUAUAUGGCAAGGUCAUUUUAAACGUCUCCUGUAAUAGUGGGGGUUUUAAGUUUGUGGAGCCAGGUGGUGUGUAUGAUGUCCCAAGGUGUCUGGUUGCCUCGUGGUCAUGAGACCAGAGUAAUGACUCAAAAAAAGAAUGUGUCACAUAUUUAAUGUUAACAUUUUCCUCCAUGUAAUUGUAUGGUAUGGAUAUUAUUAGGUUUUUAUGACGAUGUUAAUGGCCAUAGAAGUUGUACCAAGGAAACACAUUGACUAGUAUAUGAACUAAGCUUGUGUAUAUACUGUACUCUCUCCAGUUACACACAUGUCUCGGUUAUAUCGUUUGCUCUAGGAGCGCCUAAUCAGCACUUCUUUAUUUUUUCCUUAAAAUCUGUCAUGCUAGUUAAUUCUCUCUCUUAAUUUUAAAGCUUUAUUGCUUGAAAUAGUACAAAGCUUUAAAUCAAGCAAAUGCUAGAAAAUGCUGCAUGCAUAUAGUUUUACUAAAUAUUCAGCAUGAAAGAGAUGGCAUAAGAUUAAAAGAUAAUUUAUUGUUAGUAUAUAUAGUAAUCCAUGAAUGUAUUUUUAUUAAGCAGUGGAAGAAGUGUAAUGACUGGGUCUGUCUUUAUGGCUCUUAAUGACAGAAUCCGGAGAAACAGGUUCAUUUAACAUUUCAUUAUCUGCAUAUCCUUUACCGAGUAAUUAUUGUGAAGUUUCAGCAAGGGGCGGUAAUGUAAUAAGGCAGUAUGGUACAGCCAAAUUAUUGCUUAUUACCCGAAAUGAAUACAGUAUAUGAUCUGAAGUCAACGUAUUGCUGGUGGUUAUCUCGGUGUAUGUUGUGAUUCAACUGACAAAACUGGAUUGUGUGUGUGUGUGUGAAUGUUUUGUUACUUUACACGGAUGUUAUAUUGUACCAAAUAGGGUUAAUAAAAUAUAUUGUAUAAUUAUUGGUUAAAUAUUUAUAUCAGAUCAUUGUUGCCAUAUUUUUUUUUAUUUAAAAUAAGUUGUUGAAGAAUGCAAAAAUAUUCAUUGUCCUUGGUUUAGUCAUCUGUAUUGAUUAAUUAUUUGCAUUUCAUUCCGAGAUUACAUUUUAAAUAUUUUCAAGAUUUUUUACUUGUCGUAACAAUUUUGUAAACUCGAUGGAUGACAUUUUCUGUUUUCUUUAAGAAUACGCAAAACAAACCAUUACUUAUAAAAUUAAGUUUGUAUUUGUUAAAUUUUGUUUUAUUUCUGAAUAUUUGUAGCUUGUUUUCUCAUGACAAUUUUAUUAUGUACUGUGUUAGUCAUUUCUGAUUGUCAUUUACCAAACUACUUUUAGAAACUUAGUACAAUACCUGUACAUGCCAUUUAAUUCAAGGAGUUAGAUUCCUGGACAUGCUGUGAAUUUACCAGAUCUAUAUACAGUAUUAUAUAUUAAAAAUGUAAGGACAAAAUUCAAAACAUAAGUUCCUGAGAUCUCCAGACCACUUCCUCAUUCCCCACAAAAUAAAAUGAGGGAAAAAUAUAAUGCUACAAAAUUUUAAGUAGCAACAAUUAACCUGCCUGACGUGUAGAGAAGCGUUAAUGUAUAAAAUAUAGGGUAUAUGCCCUCAAUGGUGCAAGCCUUACAGUAGUUUCUUAAUCUAGUGAUCUUUAAAUGUUGUUCUGAAUUUGUCUUUAUAUAACCAACCAUCAGGAGCAGUGAAGUCUGUGGUUCAUAUGUUUGACAGUUUGAAAUUCACAUUUUUCUUUCCUUUUCUUUGACAAUGGUCCUUGACAAUUCAACUCAAUGAUGCUGUUGAUUUUCAGUCCAGAUCAUCAGAGCUCAGUCUUCAUAACUGGAUUUCUUAAUUGUCCUCAGGUCAGGACUGCCACCUCUUUUCUCAUCUUCAGUUAGAAGGAUCUUUUAUUUUCCAAUUUAAAACUGUAUCAAUAUAUAUUUUGCUUUGAAGUUUAUGCGAUACGACUUUAACAAAUUGUAUUUUAUUGAUUUAAGUUUUUAGUAAUCGAUAUGUUGGCACCAGUGACCCAGAUAUUGCAAUGCCAUGUAUAAUAAACCAGUCAGUUUCCUAGCCAUCUCUCUUAGCUUAGUUUGAUUUCUUUGGCAAGAUCUUGGUGUUUCAUUGAAUCUCAUAUCAUGCUUUAGUACUGUAGUUUACCCCCCCAGCUGUUACCUUCUCAUGAAUCUAUUUUAAUUUAUCUUCACUCUUGCAGUAUCAGACUGAAUUUUUCAGAUUAUAGUGGCUGAUUUUUUCUGUUUAGAUUUGAUGUCUAAAUUUCAGCCACUUUAUCAUGACUUUGUCCACACAGUGCACCUGCAUUAAUUAAUGAUUAUAAGCAAAUAUUUAAGCAAGUAUUUCUCUAUGUCUUGGUCAUUCCAAAAUGAAGAGACAGUAAAAUGCCUAAUAUUUAGGAAAGAUAUAUUAUUUACCAUUCUUUAGUACUGUACUGUAUUUCUGUACUAUGUAUACAGAAAAAUGGACAAGUUGACAUUAUUGACUUAAUGUGCUUUACUCAUUAGAACUUAGUGUGGCAAAACAUUUUAGCAACUAAGUAUUCCAUUUUAUCCUUUAUCUUUAACAUUAUUUUAACUAUCAGUGUUGACACUGUAUUUACUACUUGUGCCUGCAGGAUUGAACAGUUAGCUCUUAGACCCCAUUUUUCUAACUGUCAGUUGUCUAAUGCACUGAUUCUCAACCUAUUUUUCCUCUUAUCAUAUCUACUGCAUAUAUUUCUCUCUCCCGCAUAAAAACAUUCCAGGAUGCAGCCUGUGGCAGCAGUCUAACUCCCAGAAAUCAUUUUACUACUAAGUGAAUAGGGACAUCAGGUGAAAGAAACUUUUUUUUGUACUGUACUGUAUACUAAUAAAAAGUAAAUGAAAAAUAGGAUGCACUGAAUGGAUAGCAUUGAGCUUUUUAAGGACAGUCAGCAAGUUAUGUUAUAUAAUGCUGCACCGAAGGCAUUGCCAUUAUGCUAGAAGUAACACUUGAAUUCUCUCUGUAAUGUUUUCCCAGACAACCGAGUCAUAGUAUUAAUGACUGUGUUUAUAAGUUAAUAGAUGUUAUCAUAAUAUAUAAUACAUAUUAUUAUGUAAUAAGGAGUUGUACAUGUACUUUUAGCUUUUUAUUGAUUAUUACAUUGGUCUGGUUUGCUAUUCAUGCAAGUCUUUUUAUGCUUAGAUUAACUAUGUCAAAGUUAAAGUACUAUUAUUGCAUGUUCCAUAAUGGAAUUCCGUGCACUACACACAUGCUUGUAUUCAUUUGUAAGCUUUGCUAAAUUUAACACAAAGUAUGAAGGGCUUUUCCACUACUGCUCACAAGAUGGGUAUGGGGUGCAUAAUAAAUAACCGAUUGGCCUUCCUCAUUUGUUAAUUUAUAGAAUCUCACUAAGUAGGGAUAAAAGGCUUGAAAUGGUAUAAAAUACAUUUCACCUAUAGUUAUUCUACUUAUCCAUUGUCAAGUAUGCAUUAAUAAAGUGAAUUAAAUAUGUUGAUAUAUAGUGCCAUUGCAUGAAGUGGCUUUUAUAAUCAUACACGGCACUUCUUAAUGCUUGCAGCUCUAAAUAGUUGCAUAUAUUUGUUGUAUUUACUAAGGAAAGUUUUGUGCAGCUAAUGCAAUCAACAUCAUGUUGGUUGUCAAAAGCCAUGUUGCUUUUGCUAAAUGUCUAUACAGUACUGUACUUGUAUCUUCCUCUUUUCAGGUAAUUAUGUUUUGAUACAAAAAUGCUUCCAGCAUACAUCUAUGUAAUGUCAUAAGUGGUACAAAUCUGAGACAGUUUUUUUUACAUUUAGUCAAAGCAGCCAUGUUGAGAGUUACGUAAAGAUAUCAGGCAGCAUAUAUAAAACUCGGUAAAAUGCUGCUUGUCUGCUUUAAGUCAACUCCAGACCCAUAUAUGGCAUAUACAUUCUUCUGUCAACUUAGCUAUCAGUUUAUGUUAGCAGUUAGGUCUGUCUUUAAUGCAUUUACUAAUUUAAGGGAAUAUCAGUAGUUAGCAGUUGUACACAAAGGCAAAAUAAUAUUUAUAGAUAUUAAUUUUUCAAGAAACUAAUUUUCUAAUUAGAAAAUAUAAAACUAAUUAGAAAAUUAGAAACUAAUAUCUAAUUUGUAGAUACUAAUCUUCAAGAAACAACAAACAUUAUCAAGAACCUAUGGCCGAUAUCUAUAGUUUGCCUCCAAACUGAUGUGUCUUCCUGUGGAUAUGAAAAUUUUAUCUUCCUCCUCAGACUUAACAAUAACUCUUUCAGGAAUGGGCCUCACUCUGACAUUACUGGUUUCUUUAAUUAGUCACCAAAUAAGACGAGCCAUUUAUUGUUUGACUAGAAUCAGUUACCUGACUCUAAUACAGUGUGACAGUUAUAAGGAUACAUAAUGCUGGAUUCCUAUUAUCAAACUGGUAUGAUUGAGGAUUUUAGUUGAAGAGGAUAUAAAUUUUAUUACAUAUUCUCUAGACCAUAAUGCAUAUAAUUUGUAGCUAAAUUAUACUGUAUCAACAAAUUUUGUUUCUAUAUAUUUUGCAGAGCACAUAGUAAUUUUUUUUUGUUAGAAAAUGUCAAAGUUAUAGAUUGGGCUUGAUCUAUUAUCCUUUGAUAUAUAAAUAAGAUUACAUUACUCAGAUGAAGAACUGAACUUAAUAAUUCAGAAAUUAUUAUAAUUUUCUACUCGUGUUUUGCAUUUGUUGUUCUACAGAAAUUUGAUAUUGUUUAUGUAUUAAAUAGUUGUGUAAUAAUUGUGUUCCUCUCAUUGUGCACUUUGUUUUCAAUAGAUGACAGGUAAAUUAUUAUAGAUACUUGUAAUGCUAAAAAUCCAAAUAAUUUAGAUUUAUGAUGUUUUGAUUAUAUUGGAAUUUUCAGUUUAAAAACUCAUGUUUAUUGACAUUCUUUUGUUUUAAUAUUCUUUUCUUUAAUGAUGUACCAAUAGUAUAUAGUUUUCUGCAUGUUAUUUCACCUACAAAAGUGUUGAGUUACAAAGAGACACCACAGAUCCGAUAGGAAAGAGAUUUAAUCAUCACUACCGCCACCCGUGUUCAAUAUUUACCAUGAUCCACAACGUACUCCAUUUAAUGUAAUCCUCCAUGAGCUGCGUUUAGCGUGAUCCUUGCACCACUUAGUGGUUGGGGUCAUGAGUCUUCUUCCUCUCUGAAUUACUCUACCAACAUCACCAGACCAGUAUUGGAGAGAGGUGUAGUACCAGCAAUAUAAGAAGACAUCUAUGAUAUUGGAUGCGUGGUAGUAAUUUUCAUUUAUGGGACUGAAAUGGUCCAUCUCUAUAUAAUAGACCUUAUGUGAUAUUUCAGGGGAUUAUUUUUUGUUUUCAAAUACUGCAGUGUACUGUACUGUAUAACAGAAAUUACUUUUAUCAAAGGGACACUUCUUUGUAACUUGGUGUCAAGUUACAAAGGUGUCAAAUAGAUGUUUUAUCAAUUGUAAAUAGCAAUGCUGUAUUAUUGAUAAUACUGUACUGAGUUAUUAUUUUUUUUUAUUUAUCACUAUCCACAUUACCAAUACUAUUUUAGGAGCCAGAUUAUUUCAUUCAGGGUUUUGCAAGCUGGCAAUAGAUGAUAUUUUGUAAUAUAUUUUCAUUUAGUGAAACAUACAUUUUCAGCAAGACUUCCUUUACAGAUGAUACAUUUGUUGUAAACUACAGUAAAUACAGCAUAAGUUUUAUGAAAAUGUAUUUAAUGUUAGGUGCACAUUGCUAUAUAUUAUAUAUAUAUAUAUAUAUAUAUAUAUAUAUAUAUAUAUAUAAUGAAUUUUAUUCAUUCAGCAUUCCAUUCCAUUAAAAAAUUAUAUAUGCUGUUUGUGAUUAGUAGUGUAUGUUGCAGUAAAUAAUGAAACAGCAGAUAAUGUAAUAGAUAUACCACAGUUACUAAUUUUGUAUUACAAGUUGUCCGAUGUAGACCAGACCACACACUAGAAAGUGAAGGGACGAUGACGUUUCUCAAUCGACUUGAGAAUGGUCCAGGACGGACCAAAACGUCGUUGUCCCUUCACCUUCUAGUGUGUGGUCUGGUCAACAUACUUCAGCCACGUUAUUGUGACUCAUCGCCUGCAUUGUCUGAUGUAGUCUUUAAGCAAAGGAUCUUACAAAAUGGGAACAUUUUUGUGUAUUCGUUUAUUACUGUACAUUAAUUAUGGCUGAGGUUAUUUCUAUAUAGAUUUUGUAAUUUUAUUUUUAUAAUACAUUUCCAAGUCAUUAAGACUAUUUUUUUAAACUAAUUUUUUAACGCAAUUGUGCUUCAUGAUGAAAAUAAUUGAGCCAUACCUAAUGUCAUUUUUUUUUAUCUACUGACAGUGAUUUUGUAAUCUAUUUUUACUGAGAAAUCAUAAAGCUCUUGUAAAGGUAAAAUUUGUUAGUAGUUAUCUUAAUUGGUGAUUGUUUUACACUUACACACCAAUAUUGCUUAAGUGUCAAUAAAAUUAUGAAUCUCAA